CCGGAAGCGGCGCGGCUGAGUCACGGCGGCGGCGAGGAUGAGGCAGCAGCCGCGGCGGGCGGCAGCGCUGUCGGCGUUGCCCAUCGGUGCCUGAGGAGCCUCCCCGCGCCCUUCUCCCUUCCUCCCGCCCUCCCUCCUUCCCGCACCGCCUGCCGCCGCCUCCGCCGCCACCAGCUCCGCCGCCACCAUGAUGGAGGAGAUAGACCGGUUCCAGGUGCCCGCCGUGCGCGCCGAGAUGCAGCCGCUGGAUCCAACAGCUGCAUCUAUUUCGGACAGAGACUGCGAUACGAGAGAGGGGGAGACUGUAGCCAUGAACUAUAAGCCGUCCCCACUGCAAGUGAAAUUAGAGAAGCAGAGGGAGCUGGCUCGGAAGGGGUCCCUGAAGAAUGGCAACAUGGGAAGCCCAGUUAACCAGCAGCCCAAGAAGAACAACGUGAUGGCACGAACAAGGCUCGUCGUUCCUAAUAAGGGCUAUUCCUCAUUAGACCAGAGUCCAGAUGAGAAGCCGCUGGUAGCCCUGGAUACGGACAGUGAUGAUGACUUUGACAUGUCCAGAUAUUCCUCCUCGGGAUACUCAUCAGCUGAGCAGAUCAACCAAGACUUGAACAUCCAGCUGCUAAAGGAUGGGUACCGGUUAGAUGAGAUUCCAGACGACGAGGACCUGGACCUAAUCCCCCCUAAAUCGGUCAACCCUACCUGCAUGUGUUGCCAAGCCACCUCCUCCACCGCCUGUCACAUCCAGUAGUGAGGCCGGCGGGCUGUGAUCAGUGCUUUCCACGAUAACUGUAAAACUUAACAGCCAUUGCUUCCUCCUAUGGUAGGACGUGCACCUCUUUGUGUUCAUGGAGCCAGGAGAAACCAAAAAAUUCGUUUUGUGAUUGGUUGAUAAAAGUUAUUCGAAACUAUGGUUAAACAAAAAAAAAACAAACAACAAGUUGCUCAAAGUGCCAGGCAGCGCCUGGAAGAGCUGACUGGAGAGUGAAUGCAGAGGGGUCCGGAGAUACCUCCUUGCUUUGUGUAGGCACCGGGGAUAUUUUGUAAGGUGUCUGUUCCAGCAGGGGGAGGGUCACAAGGGGCUGCAGGUCAUCCUGCCCACCAAAACCAAUCCAUCUGCAAGAUCAGGCAUGAGUCUGAGGUGUCAGGGAGUUUUACCAGUGAGAGGGGAUUAGUUCUUAAUUCAUUCACUAAGCCUGUUUCAUUUGCAUAACCAAAAUGAUGCGGUAACUGGGACACAGGUAUGGGAAUGGAGCAGGGCAUCCUUUCUUAUGGCAAAGCUAGCCAGGACUACCAUGGCACAAUUCAUUCACUUGUGAAGAGUACAAGUAGGUGGCAAUUCACUGUAAAUACUAGCUAGAGCUGUUGUGUCACAUAUCCAAUGCAAUCAACCCUUAGCUCCUCUUUAAAUUAUCACCAAACACAGCGGAGUCGAUCUGCAAUGUAUCUGUGCUCCUCAGGGAUUCAGGGAUUCAUUGCCCAAGAAUACUAUACUCCUGAGCUCACUCCAGUCACCUAUACUGACUUCAGGCUAUACUUAAUCCCUAUGAGACCUAUCUGUUUCCAAAAAUUUUAAACUUUGUUGAACUAAGAAAAAAAUGACUCUUGCACCAGAGAGGACUAGAGCUGUACAGUCUGAAGGUCAGUGCCAGAAAAACUAGUUGAAGUUGCCUAUGGGAGGGGUUGGUUAAUGCUGAAGGCAUCUGUGGUUCUGUCAGACUUUAGGGAAGUUUUCAGCAACAGCAAGGUUGUGAGCAGCUUUAGCUGAAAAAAAGAAAGAAGUGAGAGGAAAAUACUGUUAAUCCCAUCUCUGUCCAGUUGUGAAUUGGACUUGGUCUGUGUUAGGGUUGUCCCAUGUCCGGAGCAAUUCUGUUUAUUUGGUGCUGCAAUAGUCAGGAAACCUGGAGUCACAUUAGGUUGCUGGAUUGAACUGCCAGUUCAGCAGCAGAUAGUUUUGAAUCCAAAAUAAUUUCUGGAAUUAGGAAAUGUGUCCUCUCCCUUGCCAGUCUUACACUGCUGGCUUCAGCACAUGUGGUGCUCAGUAAAGGGAUGGGCUGGUGUUUUUCUUGGCAUUGAAAUUUUUUGCCACAGGCACAAAUGUGUGUUUCUCUGCCCUGCCAGGAGGAAGGACUCCUUGCCUUGUGUUGUCAAUUGCUUUGUAGCCUGCAGAAGGAAAAAAGUGAGGGCAAUUCUGAGUUUCCCAUCAUAAUUCCAGAGUAACAAGGCAAAGCCUGAGCUCCGCCCCAACAGUUGCCCUAUCUGAAAUCUGCAUGAAGUGAGCUGAGUCUUUAAGAAGUCCAUUAUUAGGAGCAGAUUUAUUUAACAUGCUGGGGCUUCACUCCUUUCAGUGCAAAGCACAAUACCACAGUGUGAGCAAAAGAGCAGGCAUAGAAGAGUCCUAGGCUUUAUUAUUCACUAGCUGUUAUGGGCAACUGCUCCCUAAAACAUCGUGCUGACACCCUGGCUCCUGGCCACAGAAAGUGGACUGAGCAGUCCUGUUUGCUGAGCAUCCCUGCCUCCUUCACCAGAAGUGCUGGUUAUCUUGCCAGCUCCUCUAAGAGUGUUCUUCAAGUGAAUGCCUCUCCCUUUCUCAUCAGCUGGUAAUGAGGGGGAAUGUUUCCAAAAUGUUUCUAAAGAAACACAAAACAUCAGGUCUCCAGUUCUUCACUUCUUCCUUUGUAUUCCUGCUUUUCUCUCCAGGGGUACCUUAGGUUGAAGUUAGCAAGUUGUCUGGAGGUGGGGGAAGAGCUCUAACAGUGCUGUGUGGAAAGAAAAAAUAAAAGGGAAAAAAAAAACAUUCCUUAAAGCAUCUUUUUUGAUGGGGAAUGUAGUAAAACCAAAUCCUAUAGGACAUGACUAAGUCUCUUUAAUCUUUGCUCUUCUAAAGAGGGACUUUGCAGUUCAGCAUUGGCACCAUGCAACAUCUUUGUUGCAUUUAUCCUCCUGGGUCAGUCUCUGUGCCUUCCAGCUGGGCUGCACAUGCUCAGCCAUUACCACAGCCCUUGUUCAGGAGCUUGGAGAAUGUCAGUGUGCCUGCUAGAGCAGCAAGCCAUCUGUUUAGGUGGAUCAACAUGGACAACUGCAGGUUCCACAGGUCUCCAUCGUGCUGCCAUCGUGUUCACUCAAAGAUAGAAUGAAGCUCACUGACACUAUCUCCCAGGGUUAGAGCCUUGCCUCUGAAGGACAGACCUUACCCAGUAAUCACUGCCCCAUGGCACCAUGACCAAGUCUUGUUCUUGCUCCUAUUGCUAAUUUUUGCCUGCCCUGUGCCCUGAGGCAUUCCUCAACUCUGCAACCCAGCAAACUGCCCUUAGCCCUUUGCAUUGUGUGAUGUGCAUCUGCUUCUAGCACAACCCUGUACGGUGGCAGAGAGAUUAGUUUAAAUGUUACACCCACUGCUUCCUCCAAAUUCAGGCUGGAGCAUGAGCCAAGUGUUUUUCCCUGCACACAGGUGGUGUUGAUUGCAUAAAAAGCUGGAUUGGCCUCACAGUACAGGACCAUAAAAUGGCAAUUUUUUGGCUUCUCCUCUCUAUGCUUCGUGUUCAUAUAUUUUAUUAGGGGAAUAAAGUAGAAAGGGUGGGGAAAAGUAUUUACCUGUGUAGGGUCAUUAUCAGGAAGGCUGAAUGGAUUAAGGCAGUGCACAUGUGGCUGUCAUAGCAAACUGAACACUAGCCUUUCUGAACUGCAGCCCCUUAAGCAGGUCGUGACCAUGGGGCUUGUUUGUUGGCUCGUUAUGGAAUGUGAUGGACACCCUGUCAAUGUGUAUUAACUGCAGAUUGGGCUGGCUCUCCCUAUCUGGUCUCGCCUUCAGACCUUUGCUUCAGCCAGAAGGUUUUCCUUGUGCCCUUGUAGGAAUCUAUGCUGUGAUGACUUCCCAGGAAGGUUUAUGGAUACAUAGCCCUUCUGGUGCUGUUCUCCUUACACCAGUCUCUGCCACCAUGGCCUGGAAGGGGCAAAAGCAAAGAGUGCAGACCCUGACUCUCUGUCGCAUUACUAAAAAGCCCUAAAAUCUGCUGAGCUGCUGGGCACUCUCCUAAACAGAGAUUGCAUGAAAGAAAGCAAACUGUUCCUUGUUCCAGUCUUUUACCGAACCAGGUGGUCUUCUCAGGCCCCAUUUCCAGUCCAAAGUUGUACUGAAUACCAAGGGAAGGUGCACCAUGGAGUAUGAAAGGCUGCAUCACUGUCCAUCUAAAUUACCAUGCAAAUAGGAUUUAAGGGUAUUGAUGCUGGUGUCUCCAUAAAGGAAUUUGUAUUAGAUGCCUCCUAAAGCCAGACUGGCUUUUUGUUAGGAUUUUAUGUAACUUCAGUCACCAAAUAACCUGAAUUUAAGCAAGUUUUUCCUUAAACUGGAUGUUAAUUUUGCCCUUUAAUGUAAGCUAGCUUUCAACUCCAGUGUCUCAGCGCUCAACUCUGUCUCUCCAGUCUUGACACUCCCCAUUUCCAGAUGUCUGUAUGAGAAGAAACAUCCUCCUAGUGUUCAGAAAGGUCUAUAGAUAGCAUGGGCUAGUCUGAUUUUCUGGUAGUUGUAAAUAAACUUUGGCUGAAAGGAGGGUGAUGUCCAUGUGACCACCCCAAAGGCUCAUUUGCUGUCUUAUUGGAUGUUACCUUGAAGCCAGCCCUUGGAAGAGCCCCUGGAUCAUAUCUGAUGUUGCUGCAUGUCUACCCCCAACAUGUAUGCUGGGCCAUUGGGUAUGCUAUGCAGUUCUGGCUGUCUUGCCUGCAGAUGCCUUCUGACUGCAAAAGCAGGUGACCCAGCCUGCUGCAUGGACUUUGAACAGGAUUUCAGGAUGCUCCCCCAUGGACAGGAUGGAUUCAGGUGCUUCUGGUUUGUCUCUCUAGCUCCUCUCCCAAAAGGAGGCGCCCACUCUGCUCAUCUGUGAUCCUGGGCAGAAUACUUUCCAUGCAGUGUCUGUCCUCAGGCUGGCCUGCAAGCUGUACAACAGCAGGCAGGAGGCUUGAAAAGUACAGUGCCCUGUGUGUGACUCAACAGAAACAUGAAGAUACUUUUGAAGAAAGGAAGAGCCCAGCUGGGCACCAGAUGGAAUGACAGGGAAAUAAAAACAAGUAGUAACUAGAAAGGUUGCCAAGUGCUGUCUUGCCCUAGAGCAGAUCCCAGUUGUCCAAGUUAAUCUAUCUGAGUGCAGUGCUGGUACUAGCAGGAAGCAAAGCUGGCUUUCAGAUGCACACAGCAGAAACACCUUGCCCCCAGGCUGGCACUACAGCCAAACACCACAGCAGUCUGCUGGACUGCUGGAGCACAGAAAUCUGGGGUCCCUGGCUGCUGUUGGCACGUGGUACCCAUCUGCUCUAACCUCAGGCCAGUUACAUUCCCUCGAUUUCCACUUCCUUCAUGUUGGCAACUGUGUGAUGGGCACCACUGAUAGGACAGAUCUGCAAACAAGGUGCAAAAAGCAUGCGAUAGAAAUUUUAUAGAGAUUUUCAAACUACUACUCUGCUUCCCCUCUGUUUGCCAGCUUCUGAUGUUGCUUGCAUGUGCCAGAAGGCUACAGGGCGGAGGUUAGGAGAGAGAUUAAACAGCUUUAGGGGAAGAUGUUUGGCAAGGAUGUGUUUCCCAAUUAUUUGGCAGCUUUCUCUCGCACAACCGGAUUCUCAGUCUGCAGCUGCCACAGGGAACAUGUCAGAUUUGGCAGCCAACAGCACCAUCCCCUGCUAGUAGAAUUAAGGAAUUUAGGAGUGUGACUGGAAUAGCAAGUGCUGAUGGGGUGGAAGAGAGCACCAAAGGGCUCGUUUUGGGAUAUGGGCAGUUUCAUGCUCUUAUUUUUACCAUCCAUGUAAUCAUCUGAGGGUAUAAAUUGGCAGGUUUGCCUGAACUCUAUUGUUCCAUUGCCCCUUCAAGUUCACAUGGGAUGAAAUUUCAUAGAAUGAAAUAGGCUUUGUCACCUGGCUGCUGCUUGGCUCAGCAAGCACAAACUGCAUGUUCAGAGGGAAUGUCUGCAUAGAUGGGCAGUGCCACAGGGAUAGGCUGAACCUAAGGCAUGGGAAGGUCUUCAUUUUAAGGUGCUUUUCACCUCGAGGACAUUGCAUCCUUGACACUUCCUUUCAGAGCUUUCCUGUGAGAAGGAUUGCUCCAAACCUCGAACCACAGCUCAUCAGACAAACCCACUUCUGUUACAGAGGCACAGAAACCCUGAAGCAGAAGGGUCAACAAUGUAGUGUGGUAAAAGAGGUGGUGACCUGGGAUUACCUACAGAAUAUGCCAGUGUGGCUGGCAUCCAUAUUUUGACUCUCUGUAUUAUGCCUCCAAAAAAAUUACAGCUACAUCCCCUCCUUUGCCCCUCAUGACAUUGUUGGCAGUCCCAGGACCACAGGAGCUAAAUGCUGCCUGGCUGAGCAGUGCUUGGACAGCUUGCUGGGGAGGCAAAGGUUGGGGAUUAGUGGAGAUUACAUGGAGCAGAGCACUGUGGCCCACACAACCAUGCAGCAACCAACCCACCUUGCAAAGCAGCAUGGACACCAGCAGGACAGGUUGCAGCUUUCCCUGGUGCCUGUGGAGAACUGCACUUCCCAUUGCUUCCCAGACCCAUUUGCCACUGCUUGUGGCUCCGAGCCUUUCCAUAUCUCUAUAAAGAUUUUUCUCUGGAAGGAGCCUGCCUCUCUGGUUGUGCCUGGUCUGUGGAGACAUUUCCAUAGCAACAAAUGGUGAUACAGGCAGUGGGAUCAGGGAGUGGAAGGUACAAAAGAAGCUUCAUUAAAAUGAGACCAUCUCAGUCGUGUUACUGGAAACUGGCACAGUAGGCACCAGGAAAAGAAAAGGCCACUGAAAGGCCAUGCUGAGAUAAAUCCUGUCACCUGCUGAGAUGAUUACCCUCCUGGAGUAGCAUUUCUCUCCUAGCUGCCCAUCUAGCUGCUGCAGGCGAGCUCACAUGGAAGCCCUGCUCUCCACCCAGGCUGCCAUCUUGCUUCUGCACCCCAAAAAGCUGCAACUCCGUUUGUUACCCACCUUCCUUGAGCCUGGGUGAUUUGGGAGACACAAAGUUCGUUGACCCAUGCAGAGAGCUGGAAAACUUUAGCAAGCUGUCUUCACAAAAGCACUUCUGAUUUAUGUCACCUUGAUUUCCAUCUCCUUAUUUGCUCAGUUUCUUUGCAUGGAAAAGCUGCAGUUAGCAUCUGGGUUCAGCUUACAGCUGCCUGUGUCCUGAGACAAAGCCAAGGCAAAUGCCAGGCCAGCAGGAUAUCUAACAGCCACGGUGGUGGGGAGACUAGAAAGCAGGCUGGGAUGUCUCUUCACCUGCCUGAAGGCUGUGGGGCCGAGAGUUCACCAGGCUAGUGGAAAACCUUUGUGUGAUGCAGCCAGCCAAGCUGACCACCUUCACCCUCCUGAGCUCUGCCCUGUGGGAGGUCUGAGACUCAAGCACUAGGUCCCAGGCCUGCGAGCCCAUGGGCUCCUGGAAUGGGAUGGAGACCUGCAGCAGAGGCAUGGGUGGGAUGCCUGUCAGCUGUGCUCUUGCUGCACUGGACAGCACACUGCUAGGGCUGUAGCUCUGCUUAGAGCAAGACUCUUGCAGAGGAUGAAGGUUUUGCAGGGGAGAAAAUCCAGAAUUUCAAUUUCCCCCUUUUUUGCACGUUUUUAGCCAUUUUUACUCCUUCCAUAGUGGUUAUUGAACCUGCAGUUUAAUAAAGGCAAUGAGCCACCACUAAAUGGUUGUCUGAAAUGAGGUGCCACUAGCAUGCAGAGCUGGUUGUGCCUAACAUGGGGCUCCUGGAGCUCAAGGUACAUCCUAGCUGAGUCACCCUGUGCACUGUGCAGGGGCUGGGGUGGGAGUGUCAGUGCUGACCAUCAUGCCAAACAGCCACAGCUUCCCAGACUGAGGAAGAAUCAGGCCACAAACUGGGGGAAGGAGCAGCAAUGGCAGAAGAAUAGCUAGUUGUCACAGGUAAUCUUUGGUAUCCGUGUCCAGUGGUUAGUUCUAGAAUUGCAAGCUUUGUUAUAUUGCACACGUCCUCCUUCCACUCCUCUUUUUCUCAAAGCAGCCAUGUCUUUCCUCCCUGGCUCCAUGCACUUACGACGAGCACCAGAGGCAGUUGCACCGAAGUGACUCUCAGCCCAGUUCUGCAUCUGUCUCUCCCACCCAAACCCAAGGCAGCCAGGAGAGCUCUUGGCCAUCACAAGUCUAGUAACUCCAUUUGGGUUUCUUUCCUCUGCACACACUCUAGCAGGGCAGUACAGGAGGCUCUGACCAUGUCCCAAGAACCUUCUUUGCCCCCUGGCAGCACCUUGCAGACAUGCACCUUACUGGGAAUGAGCUGGGUCAAUGCUGGUGAGAUCUGGUGCUGCUCAUCUUGCAUGGGUGGCAGCUGAUGGGGAUCCACAGGGGGAAGCUGGCAGGAAGUGGCUACUGUCCCUUUUUGUUUCUUUUUUGGAGGGAGAGGGGGAUAUUUUUGGCAUUACGAGUAUUGCCCACCUUCCAGUGGCCAAGUUCUGGGCUGCAUUAAUAAUUGGGGUUAAUUGGCUGUCUGGGCAGGUAUGGAGCUUUGCAUCAACUUUAAUAGCAAAUGCAGUGGCUGUAUCCAGAGCCUGGACACAGGCUGGGUUUCUCCCAAGCUGGCAAAGUGCUUUCAGCAGGCUCCAGAUACAUGUUUCUGGCAGUCAGGGAAACAGCAGUCCUCCAAGUCCAGAUCAAAUCUAUGUCAUCUCGUGUCUUUAGCUUGGAAAAAGCUCAACCCAAGCAAAUGCUUCCCAGGUCUCCUUUCCCUAUGUGGUGCCAGGCAGCCCAGGGGAGGAGGUGGCAGGAGGCAUUUGGGGGUCACCAAAAGGGAGAUCCUUUUUGGAUAUAUUUAAUGGAAAUACCUUUCAGGAAGAGAGAACUCCCAACCUUUGCAUUAAUCUCAGAGCAGGAGAUUAAUUUCCAGCUGCCCUUGCAUAUAGUAAAACAUAGCUGAAACAGCCAAAUGCAAAGUAGAGUUAAAUGUAGGGUUUGACCUGAAUAACCUUUUAAUUAGGAAGAUAAAUUUGUUGUAGCUUGACCUUAGUCCAUGUUAGGAACCUGCUAAUCGUUUGACAUGCAGAGUGUAUUAAUGCUGCACUUAACUUGGCCAUUGGUUUUAUUAUCUGGCUUUGGGAGUUUUUUCACUCCUGAAGCAUCAAUCUGCAUCUUGUAUGGGUUUUUUUUUUUCUUUUUCCUGUUAAGAACAUGUAGCACACUGUUGUACUUCUGUUCCUGUCCACGUAGAGUAUUGCCUUAAACAGAUCAGUUGUGUUGUGGUUUGUUUUGGGUUUUCUUUUUUUUCUACCAUCAGUUUUAUGCAUUAAUUUAUUUUAAAAGGUGGGGGUUUUUUUCAAAAACAUGAAAUGUGUAUAAUAUUUUUUUUUUAACAUUUCCAUUGCAGUAUUUAUCAUUGUUACUGGUUGUGUGUAGUGUAACAAAAUUAAUGAUAUUAAAAAGCAUACAUAUGAAAA